AUGCCUUAUAAAUACAUUGGCCGUACUCACGAUUUCAGAGGAAAAUCAUUGUGGGAAAUUUUAGGCAAUUUGAAAAACUAUGGGGUUGGACGGAUAGUAGCUCGCAACAUGUUUGAGCGGUAUCCAGAGCCAUCCUACAUAAAAAUAUUGAAGGUAGAAACCCUACCAAAUCCAGAGAAACCAUCCAUUGAUGAUCUUCGAAAAGUUAGAGUAUGGGUAGAGAAGACCUUCAGAGGAAAAACUCAACCUAAACCUAUUGUUAUUGAAUCAGUCAGUUACAAAACUGAUUAUAAGUUGAUUCCCAAAGAUGAAGAGCUAAAUUAUUGCAAAAAAGUUGCAGUGGAUAAUCCUCAAAUACUACCCAGGACAACUGAUUUCCCACCCAUUAUGAGAGAGCUUUUAUUACAAGAGGCAAAGAUCAAAGGACAGCCUCUUCAAGAAGUUCCCAGACUUGAAAUUGUUUACAAUAAGCAAAGUAUGACAAAACAGUAUAAAAUAGCCAAUGAAAAUGAAAAUGCAAAUGUUGAAAUAGUAUGUGGGCUUGGUAAGCCCAUUGCACCUAGAUUAUAUGAAAACAUCAAAUUAUAA